AAGAAAAGAGACGCAAUCUCAUUGUUUUCAUUUUAUUUUCUCUAAAAUAUUGUUAAUUAUUAAGAUAUAUUUCGGUAUAAUCUCUUGCAUACGUGAUGGGUAAGAAGCACAAGCUGAAGAAGCACAAAGAUAGAGGGUAUGAUGAAGAUUAUGAUGAUGAACCUCAAGAAAGUGAAGAAAGAGAAUCAUUAAAGAUUGUGCUUAAGGUAGGCGGUGCUCAGGAACAAUCUGAUGUUGCUUAUACAUCAUCAGGAUAUGAGGAAAAGAAACACAAGCACAAGAAAAAGAAGAAAAAGAAGGAUAAGGAUCGCCACAGACAUGAGGAUGACUCCAUCAAAGGUGAAGGGGAGGAGGACUACAGUGUGAGUCAGGGUGAAGAUUUGGAUGAUGACGUCCCUAUGGAACCUGCAAGGAAACGACUCCUACUUGACCUUGAUGAGGGGUCAAACAGCAGCCAGGACCUACCCGUCCCUCGCAGGAGUGUUCGAGAGACAGCAGGGGAGGUACCAAGGGAAGAUGAGAAAGGGGUUUUGAGAGAAUGCCUGUUUUAUAUGCAGAAAUCACUUCAAAGGAAAGACGCACAUGGAUUUUUUGCGUAUCCAGUCAAUGACAGUAUAGCCCCGGGGUAUUCAUCGAUCAUUCCAGAACCAAUGGAUUUCAGCACAAUGUUGUCGAAAAUUGAGAAUGAUCUGUAUGACUCUAUCAUGGAUUACAAGAAUGACUAUGUGUUGAUGUGUAACAAUGCGAUGACAUACAACAGACCUGAGACCAUCUAUUAUAAAGAAGCAAAAAGAUUGUUGCAGACUGGGAUAAAAAUGAUGAGUAAGGAAAAGUUACUGAGCAUGAGACGCAGCCUCGGUUUCAUGUCCAGUAUGACAAUGGAGGAGUUGGGAAUCAACCAGGAGGACACAACGGGGGCCGUGGUUGAAGAGCUGAACGCAAAAGAGAAGGAGUACGAGAUUACUGUCAAAAACAGGGACAACAUCGGACGUUUCGAAGCCUUUCCUGACAAUCUAACAUCUGAUCAAAUUUUGAUGCAAGCCCAAGCGGCUGCAGCGGAGGCGAGAGAACUUCUACAUAGCAAGCCUAACAAAACCAAGCUUAGCUUUCUACGAAAAAGAGAUGAUGGUACAACUUCUUUGACUGUUCUCAAUACAGAUAAUGAUGGCAUUGUUGGAGAGAAUGAGAGGAUCAUUUCACUUGGUGCAUUGACAGGCAAGCUAACGACAGGAACCGGCUCUAUUGCGGGUUUUAAGGAGGAUAAACGCAACAGGGCUAGCCAGAUCAGCUACCUGACUUAUGGCCCUUUCAGCAGUCAUGCACCAACCUACGACACAUCAUUCGCAAAUAUUUCAAAAGAGGAGUCGGAUCUGCUUUUGUCAACUUAUGGUGAUGAGGCUGGGUUGCAGUACUCUCAGAGUGUUCAGAAGUUUGUGGAGGAUGCUGAGGAAGACUGUACGAAGAUCGUGGAUCGCUUGUUGGACGUUUUGACUAAAGGCCAGCACACAGCUACUAUGCAACAAAUCAAAGAGUUGAGAAAACAGGAUGAUGAAGAAAAGGCAGCAUUAGAAAAGAGGAUGUCCGAGGUUCAGGGAUUGACAGAUGAAGUGGAAUCACAAGAAAAUACAGCUAAGUCUGCAGAUGUGAAUUCCGAGAUUCAGGAUCGCCUGAACAAGACUGCAGAACUCCUGAAGGAUCUACAGGCCAGCCAGCAUGAGCGUCUCUCACAGAAACCCCCGCCCCACCUCACCAACAUCCCUGGACCCGGAGACUCAGAAAAACAACUCGCCGAGAAGGUCACCACAGAGUUGACAGGCUUAGCAAAGGAGGCUCUUCCCCAAGAUAUUGCAAGCUUGCGAGGGAUCCGGAAAGCCAUGGGCAUAUCAGUAGAGUCUGUAAUUGGCACUGAUGAAUCUCAACCAAUUGAAAUCGAGGACCAAGAUGAUGCUAGCCAACCAGGAAGUGCAAUAGAUACUACACAAGAAACUGACCAAUCGGAGACUUUGUUUCAAAAUGGUAGUGCAACAGGCUCUCAAUACAUUGAUAAUGAAAUGCUAAUGGAAACAGAUGGAACUGUAAUUGAUAAUUUGUAGAAUGUAAUGUAAUGCUGUCGACAAACAGUGAUGCAUGAUGUCAUUCAUAGUCAUUUAUUUCCUGAACUAUAUAUAUACAGGAAGUAUUCACCAUUUUAGCAACAAGGGUAAGAAAAAAUAUUGUGAGAUCAAGAAAUUCAAUUGAAUGCUUUUGAAAUGCCAGAAAUAAAAGUAUCAACUUGCAAAUAUAAAUAAAUAUGCUUUAACCUUGGCUGUGAGCAUAUAAACUAUUUUAACCCUGAUAUUUUUAUAUUGUCAAAUUGUUUGUAUUUCUGUUAAUUCUUUUGGUGAUAAGAGUAUUAAUGAUAUUAAUAUCAUAGGUUCUGGAGUCUUUAUCACUAUCAAAAUUGUCAUAAAAGAAUGUGAAAAUACAAUAAAAUUAAAAACAUA